AGCCAUCUCUGUGGUAUUGUGUCCCGUGGAUCAUCCAAUUCUUAUUGUUACUGUUUGUCCUCUGGACAUCCGAAGGGAAAUUAUUCUGGCCUGUCUUUAUCUGGUAGAUUCUCUAGUCCGUCUGUUAUUGGCUUUCGAGCAUCCCAUGGGAGCUGUUUCGGUUCUUGCUUCUCGAAGCGUAGGAACAAUCCGUCAUCUUUUAUAGUUAGUAGAUCAAUUAGUGCUGGAGGAUCACAAAAGGGGCAAAUUGAUAUUUCUUUUGUGUGCCAACGUACGAAGAUGAGGCUCUUGGUUCCAAAACAAGGAAUGGUCCCUAAAAUCAAGUGUGAUGUGGGAAUUGUAUCCUGGCCGAAAGGGUGCGCUUCCGCUGGCUUACUUUUUAGCUUGCUGGUUUGCUAUUCAAGUUCUGAACCAGUGCAUGCAGAAGCAGCUAAGGAGGAGGAUAAGGAAGAUGAAGAGGAUUCGUCUAAUGUUAAAUUGUUCCAUGGGAAGCAAGUAUACACUGACUAUUCUAUCAUCGGAAUACCUGGAGAUGGAAGAUGUUUGUUUCGUUCUGUGGCUCAUGGGGCCUGCUUAAAAUCUGGGGAACCAGCUCCAAAUGAGUGCCUUCAGCGACAGUUAGCAGAUAAUUUACGGGCUAGAGUUGCAGAUGAGUUUAUCAAAAGAAGGGAAGAGACAGAAUGGUUUGUUGAAGGUGAUUUUGACACUUAUGUUGCACAAAUAAGGAAGCCGCAUGUAUGGGGUGGCGAACCAGAAUUAUUCAUGGCUUCGCACGUUCUUAAGAUGCCAAUCACCGUUUACAUGCAUGACAGGAAGGCUGGAGGCCUGAUAUGCAUUGCUGAGUAUGGCCAGGAAUAUGGCAAAGAAAAUCCAAUAAGAGUUUUAUAUCAUGGUUUUGGCCAUUAUGAUGCACUUCUGAUUCCUGGAAGGAAGGGUGCCAAAUCAAAAAUUUAACAUCAUGUUUUGACAAGUAACAGCAUAGCUCUAUGCAUAUAAAAAUUUGUAUCUCGUGAAUCCUUCACACAUGAAGAACUGGAUCUUAACCGGUGCCUUUGAGAUAAUAAGAUCUUGGUCCUAAAUCAUGGCAUUCUUUUUAUUUUCGAAGUGCAAGUCACACAUGACAUCUCACCAUUGUCUCUUUUUCUUCAUAUGCUCGAAUGAAAUCAGAUUUCAGUAGCAUUAAACUCUUUGAAAACAAAUUUGCAACGGAGAAAUGCAGGCUACAGGGAGGAUUCCCUAAAAAGGUUCUUGUAGAAGGAAUUUAUUUAAGUAUAUGCUGUUCCCGUAGUUGUUCGAAGUUUAUAUCAGUUUUAUUAUCUUUGACUGUAAAAAUUAUGGAAUCAGACACUUACUGUAUCCAAACUUGCACCAGAAUCUGAGGAUACAUUGUAAAUAUUACCCCUUUCUCUGUUGCAAAUGA